UUUGCUCGCAGCGCUGAGAGCCGGGCCGGGCAGACGGGCGCGAGCGGGCUGUGCAGACUGGGCGCGCGCUGGACGCGGGCGGCUCGAGGCAUCCGUUUGGGCGGCGUCCGGAGCCCGACCGGCGGGCUGAGGAGCGGGCGCCGUGAUGGCCGAGGGUAGCGCCGUGUCAGAUCCUCAGCACGCCACGCGCCUACUGCGAGCGCUCAGCUCUUUCCGCGAGGAGUCCCGCUUCUGCGACGCGCACCUGGUCCUCGACGGGGAGGAGAUACCGGUGCAGAAGAACAUCCUGGCGGCUGCCAGCCCGUACAUCAGGACAAAGUUAAACUAUAAUCCUCCAAAAGAUGAUGGAUCAACCUAUAAGAUUGAACUUGAAGGGAUAUCGGUAAUGGUUAUGAGAGAGAUCCUGGAUUACAUCUUCAGUGGGCAGAUCCGGCUGAACGAAGAUACCAUCCAAGAUGUUGUGCAGGCAGCGGACCUGCUCCUGCUGACGGACCUUAAAACUCUGUGCUGUGAGUUCUUAGAAGGCUGCAUUGCCGCUGAGAACUGCAUCGGAAUCCGAGACUUCGCACUCCACUACUGCCUGCACCACGUCCAUUACCUGUCCACAGAAUACCUGGAGACUCACUUCCGAGAUGUCAGCAGCACAGAGGAAUUCCUAGAACUGAGUCCUCAAAAGCUUAAAGAAGUGAUUUCUCUUGAGAAGUUAAACGUUGGCAAUGAACGAUAUGUAUUUGAAGCAGUCAUCCGAUGGAUAGCACAUGAUACAGAAAUAAGAAAGGUCCACAUGAAGGAUGUCAUGUCAGCGCUGUGGGUUUCAGGGUUGGACUCGAGCUAUUUACGGGAGCAGAUGCUGAACGAGCCCUUAGUCCGAGAGAUCGUCAAAGAGUGCAGCAACAUCCCUCUCAGCCAGCCGCAGCAAGGGGAGGCCAUGCUCGCCAGCUUCAAGCCCCGGGGCUACUCGGAGUGCAUCGUGACCGUUGGCGGAGAGGAAAGAGUUUCACGGAAGCCAACAGCAGCGAUGCGAUGUAUGUGCCCCCUGUAUGACCCUAAUCGGCAGCUGUGGAUUGAACUGGCCCCUUUAAGCAUGCCGAGAAUCAACCAUGGAAUCCUCUCAGCAGAAGGAUUUUUGUUUGUAUAUGGGGGCCAAGAUGAAAAUAAGCAGACCCUGAGCUCAGGAGAAAAGUAUGACCCAGAUGCAAACACAUGGACCACAUUGCCACCAAUGAACGAGGCAAGACAUAACUUUGGAAUUGUGGAGAUAGAUGGGAUGCUGUACGUUUUAGGAGGAGAAGAUGGUGAAAAAGAGCUAAUUUCCAUGGAAUGUUAUGAUAUUUAUUCUAAAACCUGGACAAAGCAACCCGAUUUAACCAUGGUUAGAAAGAUUGGCUGCUAUGCAGCCAUGAAAAAGAAAAUCUAUGCCAUGGGCGGAGGAUCGUAUGGAAAACUCUUCGAGUCUGUGGAAUGUUACGACCCACGGACCCAGCAGUGGACCGCUAUCUGUCCACUGAAAGAGAGAAGGUUUGGAGCUGUAGCCUGUGGAGUCGCCAUGGAACUGUAUGUAUUUGGGGGAGUCAGAAGUCGCGAGGACAUCCAGGGGGGCGAGAUGGUAACCUGCAAGUCAGAAUUCUACCACGAUGAGUUUAAAAGGUGGAUCUAUCUUAAUGACCAGAAUUUAUGCAUCCCCGCCAGUUCCUCUUUUGUGUACGGAGCUGUCCCCAUAGGAGCCAGUAUCUAUGUCAUCGGAGAUCUUGAUACAGGUACCAAUUACGACUACGUGCGCGAGUUCAAAAGGAGCACGGGAACCUGGCACCACACCAAGCCCCUCCUCCCCUCCGACCUCCGCCGCACCGGGUGUGCAGCCUUACGUAUUGCGAAUUGCAAGCUUUUCCGCCUGCAGCUUCAGCAGGGCUUGUUCCGCAUCCGCGUUCACUCACCUUGAUGGGGCUGCGGCGCGGAAGCGGAGCUCCUGACCAAGCGCGCCGGGACGCGGCGCUCUGCGAGGGGACAGAGAUGGCAGGCGACCCUUGCUCUGCGCCGGCCUCUGUGCGGUAACGCGAGUGGUUUUGUAAUGCUUAGAAGCCUGGGCUUCCAGCUCUUGUUCGGGAGAACACGUAACUGCUGAAAAAAAACGAGGAAGAGUCAGUUCCUCCAGGAGAUGUGCCCCUAGACCAACCGGGCUAGUCAGGAAAAGGGAAGUGGGAAUCCGUGUCAUGUAAAAUCAGGAAGUUACAGCACCAAGGUGCAUGUUCCCCGCGGGGAGCUCACGUCUGGCUGACCGCUGUGUUCGAGUACCUGGCUUUGGUUAACAAACGAGCAAACAUGCAUAUAUCAACAUAUCCAAACAUACCGGGAUUGCUUUUCCACUGCACUUGGAAGGAGAUAUUAUGCCUAACUCUGCCCAGCAAUUUAAGGUUUGUGCCUAAAAUGUUAGAUUGGACUCAAUGCCAGUUAGUCUCCACUUACUACUAGUUCUCUGUCCUAAGAAUCUUUUUUAAACUAAAUUAUGAUGAAUGGAAACUAAGAUAAAAUUUCUCUUUUAUGACAUUCUAUCUUAGUAAUCCAAAAGAGUCAAUAAAUUAAGGAGUCAGGUGGCAGCCUUCCUGUGAAUUUAAAGGAAGUUGCUGACUUCUGUGUUAAUUCAGAUGAAGAUGUGUCAUGCCGUCAUUUCUGGGGUUGUGAAGGAUCUCAUGCAGUGCCAGUCUUCCUUUCCAACUAACCAGAACUGUUUUAUAAAUAUGAGGAUGUUAGUGAGUAGGAGAUUUUGUAAAAGAAGGACCUGAGCCGGACAAAUAAUAAAGGUCUGCUAUGACCAAAAAAAAAAAAAAGAAGUCCAGAGAAAAUAUAUAGGGAUCAAAAACUUUUAAAAGUAAUCUGUCUGAAAGCACACGAAGUCUUGUCUACUACUGUCUAGGAUUUGAAAACGUGUCUUGGAAUGCAAAUCCAUGUUAAGAAUCUAGUCUUUGUAGCAGAAUUUUCUCAACGCCGUUCACUAGUACGAGUUUCAGACAAAUUACAUUACAAGUAAAGGUUGGCUGGUAGAGUAAACUACCUCAACUUAAUUUCAUUCUGUUCGUUUAGAGCAAAUUAAUCCUUUCCUCCUUCUCUCCCUCUCACUCCCAUGUCGACCCACAUAACCCCACUCCCCAAGGGAGAAAAAGUCUGUCAUUAGUGGCACUUACCUUGUAAGAUAUUUUGUUUUCCAUUCGAAUUAUACCACCUUAGUGUGAAACCAA